AUGGUGGUCGCCGAGGGAAACGGUUCACAGCCCUACAAAACUGAUAAGGAAGAAAAACCCACCACUUCCGCUACGAAUAAAGGUAGUAAACAAGAUAACAGUUCUGGCUCUAAAAGUAUUAGGAAAAUAACCGAAGAAAGUGAUAACAGGCAACGUGAUGAUGAUUUUGAUUAUAGUGAUCACAGUGAUCAUGAUCGUUAUAAAUCUGAAUCACGGAGACAUAGUAGUAGUAGCAUUCGUUCUUCUGAAGAUCAUUAUGAAUCUCGCUCAAGUCACUAUCAUCCAAGAAAAAAUAGAGAUCGUGAACAUCGAAGAGAUAGAAGCAGAAAUGAUCACGGUCGUCAGCUUCAUUAUGAUCGAUAUGUUCCGAGUAGAUCGAGCUAUCAUAGACACUCUGAUAGUGAUCGGGAAGAUUAUGAUCGUUACGAUGAUGAUAGGUUCAGAGAUCGAAAGCGUGCUAGGACUUGGUCACGUCGUUCUUCGGAUAGUGAAGAAGAAAUUGAGCGGAAACGAAGUGGCAGCGGUAGACGUCGCCGAUCUUUGGACAGGAACGAUGAACCGGAAGGGAGGAGAUGGUCAUAUAAUAGUUUUGAAGAUCCAUAUCAAGCAGCAAGUAAAUAUAUAGACACUGAAUUUUACACCAAAAAAAUUUAUGUUGGUGAGCUUAAAGAUGUUACCGAACGUACUUUACACAUGGCUUUUGAACGAUUCGGUGAUAUAGAAAAGAUUGACAUGAUUCCUGAAAGAGGUAUCGCGUUCAUUGAUUUCGAUUCCGAAGAAACUGCUACCGAGGCCCGUCGUAAAAUGAAUGGAACAUUAUUAGGUUCAGGUUGUAUACAAGUAAAUCGGGCUAAAAGACCGGAAAGAAAUGCAAAUGGAUUUGGAAAUGUUCCUUGGAGUGAUGCAGAUGGUGCAGUUGCUAAGCAGAAUGAUAUUAAGCCAAUUACAUACGAAAUUCAAUAUUCGUUUCCAAAAACUUCAUAUGUGAAUGAUCCAUCUGAUUAUACUACAACUGUUAAUAGAUCAGUCUCCAUUCCGCCUUCACAACUACCAUUAGAUCCAAGAGCACAAGGGCAUAAACGUAAAAUAAUAGCUUACGAUGAUCUUUAA